AUGGAGUAUUCCUAUGCAGAACUUGCUGAUAGGCUUCUGAUUUACGGAGAAGCUGGCGGUAGUGAGAGAGGAGCUGAGCGCCUAUACGUCGAACGGUUCCCAGAACGUCAUCAACCUAGCCACGCCAUUAUUGCGAGAAUUCAUGCACGUCAUCAUGAAAGUGGUAGCGUUCAACGCUUUGUAGACGCAGGGCAGCCCUUCGCCGUGCGCACAGCAGAGUUUGAAGAAGCGGUUCUGCACCAUGUAGAGGACAACUCAUCCACAAGUGUGCGUGCGAUUGCAAGUGCUAUGGGGGCGGCCCCAUGUACUGUUUGA